AAAAAGGGAGCCACCACAACAACAAUCACUAAGGUAAGCAAAGACGGCAUUACUACAACUACAACAACAGUAAAGGAGGGACAAAAGGUAGUGAAAAAAUUCUAUGUCACAAGUCAAGAAGAAAUGGAAGCAGUUGAUGAAACAUCUCUAAGCCUGACUGGAGUUCAGGCUAAGGAAACAACUGAAAUAGUCAGACAGUUCAAUGGCGAUGGUACAGUCACUACAACAACAACAGCAACAAAGGAUGGCAAGACCACUCUCACUUCAGAAACAGAAAUUGGUGUUAUAACAGAAGACACCAACCCAAGCAUAACAAAGAAAACAAAAGUGCCUAAUGAGGAUGGAAGCACCACAGAGACCACUGUGACUGAAAAGGGGGAUGAAAUUACCAUAUCUGAAACAGUUACAGAAAGAGAUAAAAAAAUAACUACUGUAGUUGUGAAAGAAGGUGACAAACCAAUGGUAACCAGAGAAAGAAUUGUAGAAAAGAAGCCUUUAGUCAAGGAUGAUGGGAGUAUCAUGAAAACAAAAGUGGAUAAAAAGGGAGAUACCACUACAACUAUCACUGAAGUCACCAAAGGUGGUUUCACCACCACAACUUCAGAAGUCACCAAAGGAAACAGAGUAGUGGAAAAGACGGUGGGCACCAAAGAGACAUCUUCUGUUGUUCGAAAGGAUGGUACAGCUGAAACGACCACGGUGACAAAACAAGGAGAUACAAAGACCACAGUGACCAAGGUAAAAAAAGAUGGUGAAACAUUGACAACAACUGAAAUUACUAAAGGCGAACAGCCAAUAGAACAGUCAAAAAAGGACACUGUAGUGGAUAAAGAUGGUAUGGUCACAACAACCACUGUGACCCAUAAAGGGGACACCACUACAACAGUCACUGAUGUCACUCAAGGGGAAACCACUACUACCACUACAACAGUCUCCAAAGCGGGGGAAAUUUCCAAUACUGUGAAAAGUAAGACAAAACAUACUGAAUUGGUUGCUGAAACAUUCAGACCCAUUACUGAAGGUAAAGUUUUGGAAACUGAACUUACAACAGAAAGGGGUAAUGAGGAUGGCACAGUUACCAUAGAUCAAAUAACCACCAAAGAUAGCAAGACCACAAUUUCCAAGAAAACAAUUAGAGGACAAACCAGCCAUGAUAAGACUGGUAAGAUCUUUAAGGAAACUAAGAAAACAAUUGUUCAACAAGAAGACGGGACUGUAGUAAUCACACUUGUAAUCCGUGAAAUGAGUACAACAACCACAAUCACAAAAGUCAGAAAGGGGGAUGUUACAAGAACAAUCACAGAGGUCAAGAAGAACAACGAAAUUGUGAAAACCUCAGAGGCAACCACAACAACAUCUGUCAUGGUAAAUGAAGAUGGGAGCACUACGACAACCACUGAAACUAAUGAUGGCAAUAAAGUCAUCACCAUAGUGGAAAUCACCAAAGGCGGUGUCACUAAAUCCACAAAAGAAGUCUCAAUAAAUGGUGAGGUUCAAAAAGAGGAAGAGUCAACAGAGAAAUCCACUGAAACUGAUGAAGAUGGAAAAACAAUAACAACAACUGUGACUAAAAAAGGAGAUCGCACGACAACAGUCACUGAAGUCUCCAAGGGUAGCAUCACUACAACUACAACAAUAAUAAAGAGUGGUACAAAUGUUGUGAGAACUAUGCAAUUCACAAGUGAAGAAGAAAGUGAGAUUUUGGAAGAACCCUCCCCAAGCCUCACAGGGGAAACUAAAGAGACAGUUGAUAUAUCUCAACAGGUCAAUGAAGACGGUACAGUUACCACAAUAACAAAAACAGCCACAACUAAAGAGGGCAAGACCACUGUCACUCUGGAAAGGGAAAAUGAUGUUGCAAUGGAAGACACUGUACCUAGCACCACAAAGAAAACUAAAGUGACCAAGAAGGAUGGCAGCACAAAAGAGACCACUGAGACAAGAAUAGGGGAAACCGUUCAAACCAUUUCUAAGGUUACAGAAGGAGGUGAAACAAAAACGACUGUAACGGUGCAGGAGGGAGAUAAACCAGUGGAAACCACAGAGGAAAUUGUAGAGAAAAAGCCCUUGGUCGAAAAAGAUGAUAGUAUCACGAUGACAACGGUUGAUAAAAAGGGAGACACCACGACUACCAUCACUGAAGUCACCAAAGGGAGCACCACCACCAAAACUACAGAGGUCACCAAAGAAAACGAAGUAGUAGAAAAGACUAUGGAUGUCACAGAGACUUCUACUGUUGUCGAGGAAGACGGUAGCGCUAAAACAAUCACUGUGACAAAACAGGGAGAUAAAGAGACCACAGUGACCAAAGUCACCAUAGGUGGUGUAACAUAUGAGACAACUGAAGCUGCUGAAGCCGGCAAGCCUGUGGAAAAGACUGAAGAGUCAAUUCAGGAAUCCACUGUGGUCGGAACAGAUGGUAGCACCACAAAAACAAUGGUAAAAAAAAAAGGAGACACCACGACAACGGUCACAGAUGUAACUAAAGGACAAACCACUACUAGUACAAAGGAAGUAAUCAAAGAUGGGAAAAUUACCACCACAGUCAAAAGAAAGACUGUAAACACUGAAGAGCCUGAAAAAGCAUUUAUUCCUGAAACUGAAGGUAUAGUUUUGGAAAAUGUAAUUACACAGGAAACAGGCAGGGAAGAUGGUUCCAUUGAGGUUGAGGAAAUAACGACUUUAGACGGCAAAACUAUUGUGUCCAAGAAAAUACUGAGAGGGGAGCCUAUCAAAGAAAGUAGUGUUCACUUUCAUAGGGAAACAAAAAAAUCAACUGUUCUGCAACAAGAUGGAAGUAUACUAAUUAUAAUUGUAAUCCAUGAAAGGGAAACAGUCAUUACAAUCCGAAAGCUUAUCAAAGGGGAUGUUACAAAAACCACCACAGAGACCAGGAAGGAAAACAAAAUUGUGCAAACUGCAGAGGACACUACACAGACAUCCACUGUGACAAAUGAAGAUGGAAGUACAACAACAACCACUGAAACUAACGAUGGGAAAACAGUGACCAUGCUGGUUGAAGUCACCAAAGGUGGUUUCACUAAAACCACAAAAACAGUCUCAGAAGGAGGGAAGCCUCUGAAAGACAAGGAAGAAGAGACAGAGAAAUACACUGUCACUGACAAAGAUGGAAGAUCAACAAAAACCACUGUGAUCAAAAAAGGAGACACCAUAACUACUGUCAUUGAGCUCACCAAAGAUGGCAUCACAACAACUACAACAACAGUGACGGAGGGGGGUAAGGAGGUGAAAAAAUUCUACUUUACAAGUCAAGAAGAAACGGAAACUAUUGAUGAAACAUCCCCAGGUCUGACAAGAGGUGAGAUGAAAGAAACUACUGAAAUAUCAAAGCAGUUAAAUGAAGAUGGUACAGUUACCACAACGACGACAGCAACUAGUAUAGAUGGAAAGACCACCGUCACUUCAGAAACAGAAACUGGUGUUCUGACAGAAGACACCACCCCGAGCACCACAAAGACAACAAAAGUGACCAAAGAGGAUGGCAGCAGCACACAGACCACUGUAACUGAAAAGGAGGGGAAAGUCACAGUACAUCAAACAGUAACAGAAAAAGAUGAAAAAAGAACAACAGUAAUGGUGAAAGAAGGACACAAACCAAUAGAAAUUACAGAAGAAACUGUGGAAAAGAAGCCUUCAGCCAGCACAGAUGGGACUAUCACUAAAACAAAAGUGGAUAAAAAGGGAGACACCACUACUACUAUCACUGAAGUCACCACAGGGGAUAUCACCACCACAACUUCAGAAGUCACCAAAGGGAAUGUAGUAGUAGAAAAGACUGUGGACACCACAGAGACAUCUUCUGUUGUUCAAAAAGAUGGUACAGCUGAAACAACGACCGUGACAAAACAAGGAGAUACAAUCACCACUGUGACCAACAUCAUAAAAGAUGGGCAAACCUCUACAACAACUGAAAUCACGAAAGGUGAACAGCCCAGAGAAGUGACUAAAGAGUCUACGGUAGUCGAAAAAGAUGGUACCGCCACAACAACCACUGUGGUCCAUAGAGGAGAAAUUACAACCACAGUCACUGAUGUCACUCAAGGGGAAACCAGUACAACCACUACAACAGUCUCAGAAGGUGGGGAAACUACUUCUACAGUGAAAAGGAAGACUAAACAUACUGAAUUAGCACCAGAAACAUUCAGACCUGUUACUGAAGGCAGUGUUUUAGAAACUGAACUUACCACAGAAAGGGCCAAUGAGGACGGCACAAUUACCGUAGAGAAAAUAAGCACCAAAGAUGGAAAGACCAUAGUUUCCAAGAAAAAAAUAAGGGGACAAACUGGCCAAGACAUGAGCGGUGAUAUCUUCAAGGAAACACAGAAACAGAUCAUUCAACAAGAAGACGGCACUGUAGUAGCUACACUUGUAAUCCGGGAACAGAACACAAUAAUUACAAUCACAAGGGCUAGAAAAGGGGAGGUCACAAGAACCAUCACAGAGGUAAAGAAGGAUAAAAAAAUUGUUAAAACCUCAGAGGAAACCACAACAGAAUCCACAGUGGUAAAUGAAGAUGGAAGCACAACAACAACUAGUGAAACAAUUGAAGGUGAACAAGUCAUCACACUACAAGAAGUCACCAAAGGUGGUAUCAUAAUAUCUACAAAAAAAGUCUCAAUAAAUGGCAAGCCUCUGAAAGAGGAAGAAGAGUCAACAGAGAAAUUCACUGUUACUGACAAUGAUGGCACAACAACAACGACAACUGUGACCAAAAAAGGAGACCGGACAAUAACAGUCACUGAAGUCAUAAAAGGUAGCAUCACUACAACUACAACCACAAUAAAGAGUGGUACAAGUGUUGUGCAAACUCUGCACUUCACAAGUGAAGAAGAAACAGAAGUUUUGGAGGAACCAUCCCCAAGCCUCACAGGUGGUGAAACCAAAGAAACCAUUGACAUCUCUCAGCAGGUCAACGAAGAUGGCACAGUUACCACAACAACAACAACAACCACAACUAAGGAAGGCAAGACCACUUUAACUGAGGAAAAAGAAACAGGUGUUGCAACAAAAGACAUCACCCCGAGCACCACAAAGAAAAUGAAAGUGACAAAGAAUGAUGGUAGCACAACAGAGACCACUGAGAUUACUACAGGGGAAACAGUUGAAACAGUUUAUAAGGUUUCAGAAGGAGGUGAAACAAAAACUACUGUAACAGUGCAGGAGGGAAAUAAAACAGUGGAGACCACAGAGGAAAUUGUGGAAAAAAAGCCUUUAGUUGACAAAGAUGGCGGUAUCACUAUUACAACAGUGGACAAAAAGGGAGACACAACGACUACCAUCACUGAAGUCACCAAAGGGAGCACCACCACCAAAACUACAGAGGUUACCAAAGAAAAUGAAGUAGUAGAAAAGACAACAGAUGUCAUAGAGACUUUUGCUGUUGUCGAGGAAGACGGUACCACUAAAGCAACCACUGUGACAAAAGAGGGAGAUAUAGAGACCACGGUGACAGAAGUCUCCAAAGGUGAUUUAACGAAAAAGACAACUGAAAUCACUCAAGGUGGAAAACCUGUGGAAAAGACUGAAGAGUCAACUGAGAAAUCCACUGUCUUAGGUACAGAUGGCACCACCACAACAACCACAGUCAUAAAAAAAGGAAAUGCCACUACAACAGUGACUGAUGUCACAAAGGGGGAAACCACUACUACCAAUACAGAAGUCUCCAGAGGUGGGGAAAUUACCACCACAGUAAAAAGCACAACAUCACACACUGAAGAGAAUGAAAAAGCAUUUAAGCCUGGUACUAAAGGCAGGGUUCUGGAAACUGUUAUUACAAUGGAAACAGGCAAUAAUGACGGAACCAUAGGGGUUGAGGAAGUAACAACUAGAGAUGGGAAAACUAUUGUGACCAAGAAAAUACUCAGAGGGAAGCCCAUCGAAGAGACUAGUGCUCAUGUGCAUCGAAAGACUAAGAAAUCAACUGUUCUGCAACAAGAUGGAAGCAUUCUAAUUACUAUUGUAAUCCGUGAAAGGGAAACCAUCACCACAAUCCGAAAGGUUAUCAAAGGGGACUUAACAACAACCAUCACAGAGAUCAGGAAAAACAAUGAAAUAGUACAGACUACAGAGGAAACUACAAAGAAAUCCACAGUGGUGAAUGAAGAUGGAAGCACUAUAACAACCACUGAAACUAGCGAUGGGAAAAUAGUGACCACACUAGUUGAAGUCACCAAAGGCACUGCCACUAGAACAACAAAAAAAGUAUCAGAAGAAGGCACACCCCUGGAAGAAAAAGAAGAAGAGAUAGAGAAAUAUACUGUGACUGACAAAGAUGGCAGAUCAAGAACAACCACCGUGAUUAAAAAGGGAGACACCACAACAACUGUCAUUGAGGUUACCAAAGAUGACAUCACUACAACUACAACAACAAUUAAAGAGGGGGAAAACAAGGUGAAGACAUUCUACUUUACAAGUCAAGAAGAAACAAAAACUGUUGAUGAAACAUCCUCAGGCAUGACAAGAGGUGAGACUAAAGAAACUAUUGAGAUAUCAAAGCAGUUGAGUGAAGAUGGUACAGUUACCACCACGACAACAACAACUAUGGAUGGCAGAACCACCGUCACUUCAGAAAAGGAAACUGGUGUUAUCACAGACGAAACCACUCCAAGCAUCACAGAGACAACCAAAGUGACCAAACAGGACGGCAGCACCGCAGAAACCACUGUGACUAAAAAGGGGGAAACACUGACAAUACAUGAAACAGUAACAGAAAAAGGUGAAAAAAGAACAACUGUAAUGGUGAAAGAAGGAGAAAACCAAAUUGAAACCACAGAAGAAAUUGUGGAAAAGAAGGCAGCAGUCAGCAAUGAUGGCAGUAUCACUAAAACAAAAGUUGACAAGAAGGGAGACACCACUACUACUAUCACCGAAGUCACCAAAGGUGAUAUCAUCACCACAACUUCAGAAGUCACCAAAGGGAACGUAGUAGUGGAAAAGACUGUGGACACCACAGAGACAUCUUCUGUUGUUGAAAAAGAUGGUACAGCUAAAACAACUACUGUGACAAAACAAGGAGAUACAAUCACCACUGUGACCAACAUCAUAAAAGAUGGGCAAAAAUCUACAACAACUGCAAUCACUGACGGUGAACAGCCCAUAGAAGAUACUGAAGAGUCCACUGUAGUCAAUGAAGAUGGUACCGCUACAAGAACCACUGUGAUCCAUAAAGGAGACACCAUUACAACAGUCACUGAUGUUACUAAAGGGGAAACGACUACUACCACUACAGCAGUCUCCAAAGGUGAUGAAACUACCAGCACAGUGAAAAGCAAGACUAAGCAUACUGAGUUAACUACUGAAGCAUUCAGACCUGUUACUGAAGGCAAUGUUUUAGAAACUGAACUUAUAACAGAAAGGGGUAACAAGGACGGCACAAUUACUAUAGAGAAAAUAACCACCAAAAAUGGCAAGACCACAGUUUCCAAGAAAACAAUUAGUGGACAAUCAGUCCAAGAUAAGAGUGGUAAGGUAUUUAAGGAAAUAAAGAAAAAGAUUGUUCAACACGAAGAUGGCACGAUUGUAGUUACAUUUGUAAUUAAUGACAAGAGUACAAUAACCUCAAUCACACAGGUGAGAAAGGGGGAUUUUACAAGAACUAUCACAGAGGUCAAGAAGAACAACAAAAUUGUUGAAACCUCAGAGGCUACCACAACAAAAUCCAUCGUGGUAAAUGAAGAUGGAAGCACUACAACAACAACUGAAACUAAUGAUGGGAAAACGGUCACCACACUGGUUGAAGUAACAAAAGGUGGCAUCACUAAAACCUCAAAAAUAGUCUCUGAAGAUGGCAAGCCUCUGAAAGACAAAGAAGAAGAGACUCAAAAAUACACUGUGACUGACAAAGAUGGCAGAUCAACAACCACCACUAAGAUCAAAAAGGGAGACUCCACGAUAACUGUCAUUGAAGUCACCAAAGACGACAUCACUACAACUACAACAACAGUUCAGGAGAGUGGUAAGGAGGUUAAAACAUUCUACUUUACAAGUCAAGAAGAAACAGAAGCUGUUGAUGAAACAACAUCAGCCCUGACAAGAGGUGAUAAAAAAGAAACUACUGAGAUAUCCAAGCUGUUCAAUAAAGAUGGUACAGUUACCACAACAACAACAACAACUAUAGAUGGCAAAACCACCACCACUUCAGAAAUAGAAACUGGUGUUGUAACAGAAGACACCACCCCAAGCAUCACAAAGAGCACAAAGGUGAUCAAAGAGGAUGGCAGCAGCACAGAGACCACUGUGACUGAAAAAGGUGAAAGCAUGACCAUACAUCAAACACUUACAAAAGGAGAUGAAAAAAAAACAACAGUAAUGGUGAAAGAAGGACACAAACCAAUAGAAAUUACAGAAGAAACUGUGGAAAAGAAGCCUUCAGCCAGCACGGAUGGGACUAUCACUAAAACAAAAGUGGAUAAAAAGGGAGACACCACUACUACUAUCACUGAAGUCACCACAGGGGAUAUCACCACCACAACUUCAGAAGUCACCAAAGGGAACGUAGUAGUGGAAAAGACUGUGGACACCACAGAGACAUCUUCUGUUGUUGAAAAAGAUGGUACAGCUGAAACAACUACUGUGACAAAACAAGGAGAUACAAUCAUCACUGUGACCAACAUUAUAAAAGAUGGGCAAAAAUCUACAACAACUGCAGUCACUAAAGGUGAACAGCCCAUAGAAGAUAUUAAAGAGUACACUGUAGUCGAAAAAGAUGGUACCACCACAACAACCACUGUGACUCAUAAAGGAGACACCACUGCAACAGUUACUGACGUCACGAAAGGUGAAACCACUACUACCACUACAACAGUCUCAGAAGGUGGAAAAACUAUGUCUACAGUGAAAACCAAGACAAAACAUACUGAAGUAGCCCCUGAAACAUUCAGAGCUGUUAGUGAAGACGACACUUUAGAAACUGAAGUGACAACAGAAAGGGGUAACGAGGAUGGCACAAUUACCAUUGACAAAAUAAGAACCAAAAAUGGCAAGACCAUAAUUUCCAAGAAAAAAAUAAGAGGACAACCUAACCAAGAUAUAAGCGGUAAGAUCUUUAAGGAAACAAAGAAAACAAUAUUUAAACAAGAAGAUGGCACUGAAGUAAUCAAACUUGAAAUCCGUGAAAAGAGUACAACAACCAUAAUCACAAAGGAGAGAAAAGGGGAUGUUACAAAAACAACUGUGGAAGUCUGGACCAAUAAUAAAAUUGUGAAAACUUCACAGGCUACCUCGAUAGAAUUCACAGUGGUGAAUGAAGACGGAAGCACUACGACAACCACUGAAACUAACGAUGGUGAAAAAGUCACAACGUUACAAGAAGUCACCAAAGGCGGUCUCACUAAAUCUACAAAACUAGUCUCAAUCAAUGGUGAGCCUCUGAAAGAGGAAGAAGAGUCAAUAGAGAAAUCCACUGAAACUGAUGAAGAUGGCACAACAACAACAACAACUGUGACCAAAAAGGGUGACCGCACAAUAACCGUCACUGAAGUCACCAAGGGUAGCAUCACAACAACUACAACUAUCAUAAAGAGGGGUACAAAUGUUGUGAAAACUCUGCACUUCACAAGUGAAGAAGAAACUGACGUUUUGGAUGAACCAUCCACAAGCCUCACAGGUGGUGAAACCAAAGAAACCAUUGACAUCUCUCAGCAGGUCAACGAAGAUGGCACAGUUACCACAACAACAACAACAACCACAACUAAGGAGGGCAAGACCACUUUGACUCAGGAAGAAGAAACAGGUGUUGCAACAAAAGACAUCACCCCGAGCACCACAAAGAAAAUGAAAGUGACAAAGAAUGAUGGUAGCACAACAGAGACCACUGAGAUUACUACAGGGGAAACAGUUGAAACAGUUUAUAAGGUUUCAGAAGGAGGUGAAACAAAAACUACUGUAACAGUGCAGGAGGGAAAUAAAACAGUGGAGACCACAGAGGAAAUUGUGGAAAAAAAGCCUUUAGUUGACAAAGAUGGCGGUAUCACUAUUACAACAGUGGACAAAAAGGGAGACACAACAACUACCAUCACUGAAGUCACCAAAGGGAGCACCACCACCAAAACUACAGAGGUUACCAAAGAAAAUGAAGUAGUAGAAAAGACAACAAAUGUCAUAGAGACUUCUGCUGUUGUCGAGGAAGACGGUACUACUAAAGCAAUCACUGUGACAAAAGAGGGAGAUAUAGAGACCACGGUGACAGAAGUCUCCAAAGGUGAUUUAACGCAAAAGACAACUGAAAUCACUCAAGGUGGAAAACCUGUGGAAAAGACUGAAGAGUCAACUGAGAAAUCCACUGUCUUAGGUACAGAUGGCACCACCACAACAACCACAGUCAUAAAAAAAGGAAAUGCCACUACAACAGUGACUGAUGUCACAAAGGGGGAAACCACUACUACCAAUACAGAAGUCUCCAGAGGUGGGGAAAUUACCACCACAGUAAAAAGCACAACAUCACACACUGAAGAGAAUGAAAAAGCAUUUAAGCCUGGUACUAAAGGCAGGGUUCUGGAAACUGUUAUUACAAUGGAAACAGGCAAUAAUGACGGAACCAUAGGGGUUGAGGAAGUAACAACUAGAGAUGGGAAAACUAUUGUGACCAAGAAAAUACUCAGAGGGAAGCCCAUCGAAGAGACUAGUGCUCAUGUGCAUCGAAAGACUAAGAAAUCAACUGUUCUGCAACAAGAUGGAAGCAUUCUAAUUACUAUUGUAAUCCGUGAAAGGGAAACCAUCACCACAAUCCGAAAGGUUAUCAAAGGGGACUUAACAACAACCAUCACAGAGAUCAGGAAAAACAAUGAAAUAGUACAGACUACAGAGGAAACUACAAAGAAAUCCACAGUGGUGAAUGAAGAUGGAAGCACUAUAACAACCACUGAAACUAGCGAUGGGAAAAUAGUGACCACACUAGUUGAAGUCACCAAAGGCACUGCCACUAGAACAACAAAAAAAGUAUCAGAAGAAGGCACACCCCUGGAAGAAAAAGAAGAAGAGAUAGAGAAAUAUACUGUGACUGACAAAGAUGGCAGAUCAAGAACAACCACCGUGAUUAAAAAGGGAGACACCACAACAACUGUCAUUGAGGUUACCAAAGAUGACAUCACUACAACUACAACAACAAUUAAAGAGGGGGAACAUGAGGUGAAAACAUUCUACUUUACAAGUCAAGAAGAAACAGAAACAAUUGAUGAAACAUCCCCAGGCCUGAAAAGAGGGGAGACUAAAGAGACUACUGAGAUAGCCAAGCAGUUUGAGAAAGAUGGUACAGUAACCACGACGACAACAACAACUAUGGAUGGCAGGACCACUAUCACUUCAGAAGAAGAAACUGGGGUUAAAACAGAAGAUACCACCCCAAGCACCACAAAGACAACCAAAGUAACAAAAGAGGAUGGCAGCAGCACAGUGACCACUGUGACUGAAAAAGGUGAAACAAUGACCAUACAUCAAACAGUUACUCAAAAAGAUGAAAAAAGAACAACCAUCAUGGUGAAAGAGGGAGAACAACCAAUGGAAAUAGCAGAAGAAAUUGUGGAAAAGAAGCCUUCAAUCAGCACUGAUGGCAGUAUCAUUAAAACAAAAGUUGACAAGAAGGGAGACACCACUACAACUAUCACUGAAGUCACCACAGGGGAUAUCACCACGGCAACUUCAGAAGUCACCAAAGGUGACGUAGUAGUGGAAAAGACUGUGGACACCACAGAGACAUCUUCUGUUGUCGAAAAAGAUGGUACAGCUGAAACAAUCACCGUGAAAAAACAUGGAGAUAUAAUCACCACUGUGACCAACAUCAUAAAAGAUGGCCAAAGCUCUACAACAACUGAAAUCACGAAAGGUGAAGAGCCCAUAGAAGAGACGAAAGAGUCCACAUUAGUUGAUAAAGACGGUACCGCCACAACAACCACUGUAACCCGUAAAGGAGACAGCAUUACAACAGUCACUGAUAUCACAAAAGGGGAAACCACUACAACCACUGAAACAGUCUCCAAACAUGGGGAAACUACCAGCACAAUUAAAAGCAAGACAAAGCAUACUGAAUUGACCCCUGAAAAAAUCAGACCUGUUACUGAAGGCAAUGUUUUAGAAACAGAACUUACAACAGAAAGGGGUAACGAGGAUGGCACAAUUACCAUCAAGAAAAUAACCACCAAAGGUGGCAAGACCACAAUUUCCAGGAAAACAAUAAGGGGACAAUCUGUCCAAGAUAAGAGUGGUAAGGUUUUUAAGGAAACAAAGAGAACGAUCAUUCAACAAGAAGAUGGCACUGAAGUAAUCACACUGGUAAUCCGUGAAAAGAGUACAAUCACCACAUUCACAAAGGUUAGAAAGGGGGAUUUUACAAGAACUAUCACAGAGGUCAAGAAGAACAACAUAAUUGUUGAAACCUCAGAGGCUACCACAAUAAAAGUCACAGUGGUAAAUGAAGACGGAAGCACUACGACAACCACUGAAACUAACGAUGGUGAAAAAGUCACAACGUUACAAGAAGUCACCAAAGGCGGUCUCACUAAAUCUACAAAACUAGUCUCAAUCAAUGGUGAGCCUCUGAAAGAGGAAGAAGAGUCAAUAGAGAAAUCCACUGAAACUGAUGAAGAUGGCACAACAACAACAAAAACUGUGACCAAAAAGGGUGACCGCACAAUAACCGCCACUGAAGUCACCAAGGGUAGCAUCACAACAACUACAACUAUCAUAAAGAGGGGUACAAAUGUUGUGAAAACUCUGCACUUCACAAGUGAAGAAGAAACUGACGUUUUGGAUGAACCAUCCACAAGCCUCACAGGUGGUGAAACCAAAGAAACAAUUGACAUCUCUCAGCAGGUCAACGAAGAUGGCACAGUUACCACAACAACAACAACAACAACCACAACUAAGGAGGGCAAGACCACUUUGACUCAGGAAGAAGAAACAGGUGUUGCAACAAAAGACAUCACCCCGAGCACCACAAAGAAAAUGAAAGUGACAAAGAAUGAUGGUAGCACAACAGAGACCACUGAGAUUACUACAGGGGAAACAGUUGAAACAGUUUAUAAGGUUUCAGAAGGAGGUGAAACAAAAACUACUGUAACAGUGCAGGAGGGAAAUAAAACAGUGGAGACCACAGAGGAAAUUGUGGAAAAAAAGCCUUUAGUUGACAAAGAUGGCGGUAUCACUAUUACAACAGUGGACAAAAAGGGAGACACAACGACUACCAUCACUGAAGUCACCAAAGGGAGCACCACCACCAAAACUACAGAGGUUACCAAAGAAAAUGAAGUAGUAGAAAAGACAACAGAUGUCAUAGAGACUUCUGCUGUUGUCGAGGAAGACGGUACCACUAAAGCAACCACUGUGACAAAAGAGGGAGAUAUAGAGACCACGGUGACAGAAGUCUCCAAAGGUGAUUUAACGCAAAAGACAACUGAAAUCACUCAAGGUGGAAAACCUGUGGAAAAGACUGAAGAGUCAACUGAGAAAUCCACUGUCUUAGGUACAGAUGGCACCACCACAACAACCACAGUCAUAAAAAAAGGAGAUGCCACGACAACAGUGACUGAUGUCACGAAGGGGGAAACCACUACUACCACUACAGCAGUUUCCAAAGGUGAGGAAAUUACCACCACAGUGAAAAGCAAGACCUCACACACUGAAGAACCUAAACAAGCAUUUAAACCAGGCACUGAAGGCAUAGUUCUGGAAAUUGUAGUUAUAACGGAAAAAGGCAAGGAGGACGGAACUAUAGAAGUUGAGGAAGUAAUAAUCAGAGAUAGCAAAACUAUUGUGUCCAAGAAAAUACUCAGAGGAGAGCCUAUAAAAGAGAAAAGUGCUCAUUUGCAUCGGGAGACUAAGAAAUCAACUGUUCUGCAACAAGAUGGAAGCAUUCUAAUUACUAUUGUAAUCCGUGAAAGGGAAACAAUCACCACAAUUCGAAAGGUUAUCAAAGGGUACUUUACAACAACCAUCACGGAGAUCAGGAAAAACAAUGAAAUAGUGCAGACUACAGAGGAAACUACAACGAAAUCCACAGUGGAGAAUGAAGAUGGAAGCACGACAACAACCACUGAAUCUAAUGAUGGGAAAACAGUCACUACACAAGUUGAAGUCACCAAAGGAGGAAUCAUCAAGACCACAAAAACAGUCUCAGAAGAUGGAAAGCCUCUCGAAGACAAAGAAGAGGAGACAGAGAAAUAUACGGUUACUGACAAAGAUGGCAGAUCAAUAACAACCACCGUGAUCACAAAGGGAAACACAACAGAAACUAUCAUUUAUGUCACCAAAGAUGACAUCACUACAACUACAACAACAAUUAAAGAGGGGGAAAAUGAGGUGAAAACAUUCUACUUUACAAGUCAAGAAGAAACAGAAACUAUUGAUGAAACAUCCCCAGGCCUGACAAGAGGUGAGAUGAAAGAAACUACUGAGAUAUCAAAGCAGCUCAAUGACGAUGGUACAGUUACCACAACGACUGCAACAACAAGUAUAGAUGGCAAGACCACUGUCACUUCAGAAACAGAAGCAGGUGUUCUGAUAGAAGACACCACCCCGAGCACCACAAAGACAACAAAAGUGACCAAAGAGGACGGCAGCAGCACACAGACCACUGUAACUGAAAAGGAGGGGAAAAUCACAGUACAUCAAACGGUAACAGAAAAAGAUGAAAAAAGAACAACGGUAAUGGUGAAAGAAGGAGACAAACCAAUUGAAAUUAAAGAAGAAACUGUGGAAAAGAAGCCUUCAGCCAGCACGGAUGGGACUAUCACUAAAACAAAAGUGGAUAAAAAGGGAGACACCACUACUACUAUCACUGAAGUCACCACAGGGGAUAUCAUCACCACAACUUCAGAAGUCACCAAAGGGAACGUAGUAGUGGAAAAGACUGUGGACACCACAGAGACAUCUUCUGUUGUUGAAAAAGAUGGUACAGCUAAAACAACUACUGUGACAAAACAAGGAGAUACAAUCACCACUGUGACCAACAUCAUAAAAGAUGGGCAAAAAUCUACAACAACUGCAAUCACUGACGGUGAACAGCCCAUAGAAGAUACUGAAGAGUCCACUGUAGUCAAUGAAGAUGGUACCGCUACAAUAACCACUGUGAUCCAUAAAGGAGACACCAUUACAACAGUCACUGAUGUUACUAAAGGGGAAACAACUACUACCACUACAGCAGUCUCCAAAGGUGAGGAAACUACCAGCACAGUGAAAAGCAAGACUAAGCAUACUGAGUUGACUACUGAAGCAUUCAGACCUGUUCCUGAAGGCAAUGUUUUAGAAACGGAACUUACAACAGAAAGGGGUAACAAGGACGGCACAAUUACUAUAGAGAAAAUAACCACUAAAGGUGGCAAGACCACAUUUUUCAAGAAAACAAUAAGAGGACUACCUGGCCAAGAUGAAAGUGGUGAGGUCUAUAAGGAAACAAAGAAAACGAUUGUUCAACAAGAAGACGGGACUGUAGUAAUCACACUUGUAAUCCGUGAAAUGAGUACAACAACCACAAUCACAAAAGUCAGAAAGGGGGAUGUUACAAGAACAAUCACAGAGGUCAAGAAGAACAACAAAAUUGUGAAAACCUCAGAGGCAACCACAACAACAUAUGUUGUGGUAAAUGAAGAUGGGAGCACUACGACAACCACUGAAACUAUUGAUGGCAAUAAAGUCAUCACCCUAGUGGAAAUCACCAAAGGCGGUGUCACUAAAUCCAGAAAAGAAGUCUCUAUAAAUGGCGAGGUUCAGAAAGAGGAAGAGUCAACAGAGAAAUCCACUGAAACUGAUGAAAAUGGCACAACAACAACAAAAACUGUGACCAAAAAGGGUGAUCACACAAUAACCGUCACUGAAGUCACCAAGGGUAGCAUCACAACAACUACAACAUUAAUAAAGAGGGGUACAAGUGUUGUGCAAACUCUGCACUUCACAAGUGAAGAAGAAACUGAUGUUUUGGAUGAACCAUCCACAAGCCUCACAGGUGGUGAAACCAAAGAAACCAUGGACAUUUCUCAGCAGGUCAACGAAGAUGGCACAGUUACCACAACAACAACAACAACCAUAACUAAGGAAGGCAAGACCACUUUAACUGAGGAAAAAGAAACAGGUGUUGCAACAAAAGACAUCACCCCGAGCACCACAAAGAAAAUGAAAGUGAUUAAGAAUGAUGGUAGCACAACAGAGACCACUGAGAUUACUACAGGGGAAACAGUUGAAACAGUUUAUAAGGUUUCAGAAGGAGGUGAAACAAAAACUACUGUAACAGUGCAGGAGGGAAAUAAAACAGUGGAGACCACAGAGGAAAUUGUGGAAAAAAAGCCUUUAGUUGACAAAGAUGGCGGUAUCACUAUUACAACAGUGGACAAAAAGGGAGACACAACAACUACCAUCACUGAAGUCACCAAAGGGAGCACCACCACCAAAACUACAGAGGUUACCAAAGAAAAUGAAGUAGUAGAAAAGACAACAGAUGUCAUAGAGACUUCUGCUGUUGUCGAGGAAGACGGUACCACUAAAGCAACCACUGUGACAAAAGAGGGAGAUAUAGAGACCACGGUGACAGAAGUCUCCAAAGGUGAUUUAACGCAAAAGACAACUGAAAUCACUCAAGGUGGAAAACCUGUGGAAAAGACUGAAGAGUCAACUGAGAAAUCCAUUGUCUUAGGUACAGAUGGCACCACCACAACAACCACAGUCAUAAAAAAAGGAGAUGCCACGACAACAGUGACUGAUGUCACGAAGGGGGAAACCACUACUACCACUACAGCAGUUUCCAAAGGUGAGGAAAUUACCACCACAGUGAAAAGCAAGACCUCACACACUGAAGAACCUAAACAAGCAUUUAAACCGGGCACUGAAGGCAUAGUUCUGGAAACUGUAGUUAUAACGGAAACAGGCAAGGAGGACGGAACUAUAGAAGCUGAGGAAGUAAUAACCAGAGAUAGCAAAACUAUUGUGUCCAAGAAAAUACUCAGAGGAGAGCCUAUAAAAGAGAAAAGUGCUCAUUUGCAUCGGGAGACUAAGAAAUCAACUGUUCUGCAACAAGAUGGAAGCAUUCUAAUUACUAUUGUAAUCCGUGAAAGGGAAACAAUCACCACAAUUCGAAAGGUUAUCAAAGGGUACUUUACAACAACCAUCACGGAGAUCAGGAAAAACAAUGAAAUAGUGCAGACUACAGAGGAAACUACAAAGAAAUCCACAGUGGAGAAUGAAGAUGGAAGCACAACAACAACCACUGAAUCUAAUGAUGGGAAAACAGUCACUACACUAGUUGAAGUCACCAAAGGAGGAAUCAUUAAGACCACAAAAACAGUCUCAGAAGAUGGAAAGCCUCUCGAAGACAAAGAAGAAGAGACAGAGAAAUAUACGGUUACUGACAAAGAUGGCAGAUCAAGAACAACCACCAUGAUCAAAAAGGGAGACACCACAACAACUGUCAUUGAGGUCACCAAAGAUGACAUCACUACAACUACAACAACAAUUAAAGAGGGGGAAAACGAGGUGAAGACAUUCUACUUUACAAGUCAAGAAGAAACAAAAACUGUUGAUGAAACAUCCUCAGGCAUGACAAGAGGUGAGACUAAAGAAACUAUUGAGAUAUCAAAGCAGUUGAGUGAAGAUGGUACAGUUACCACCACGACAACAACAACUAUGGAUGGCAGAACCACCAUCACUUCAGAAAAGGAAACUGGUGUUAUCACAGACGAAACCACUCCAAGCAUCACAGAGACAACCAAAGUGACCAAACAGGACGGCAGCACCUCAGAAACCACUGUGACUAAAAAGGGGGAAACACUGACAAUACAUGAAACAGUAACAGAAAAAGGUGAAAAAAGAACAACUGUAAUGGUGAAAGAAGGAGAAAACCAAAUUGAAACCACAGAAGAAAUUGUGGAAAAGAAGGCAGCAGUCAGCAAUGAUGGCAGUAUCACUAAAACAAAAGUUGACAAGAAGGGAGACACCACUACUACUAUCACCGAAGUCACCAAAGGUGAUAUCAUCACCACAACUUCAGAAGUCACCAAAGGGAACGUAGUAGUGGAAAAGACUGUGGACACCACAGAGACAUCUUCUGUUGUUGAAAAAGAUGGUACAGCUAAAACAACUACUGUGACAAAACAAGGAGAUACAAUCACCACUGUGACCAACAUCAUAAAAGAUGGGCAAAAAUCUACAACAACUGCAAUCACUGACGGUGAACAGCCCAUAGAAGAUACUGAAGAGUCCACUGUAGUCAAUGAAGAUGGUACCGCUACAAGAACCACUGUGAUCCAUAAAGGAGACACCAUUACAACAGUCACUGAUGUUACUAAAGGGGAAACGACUACUACCACUACAGCAGUCUCCAAAGGUGAUGAAACUACCAGCACAGUGAAAAGCAAGACUAAGCAUACUGAGUUAACUACUGAAGCAUUCAGACCUGUUACUGAAGGCAAUGUUUUAGAAACUGAACUUAUAACAGAAAGGGGUAACAAGGACGGCACAAUUACUAUAGAGAAAAUAACCACCAAAAAUGGCAAGACCACAAUUUCCACUAAAACAAUUAGUGGACAAUCAGUCCAAGAUAAGAGUGGUAAGGUAUUUAAGGAAAUAAAGAAAAAGAUUGUUCAACACGAAGAUGGCACUAUUGUAAUUACAUUUGUAAUUAAUGAAAAGAGUACAAUAACCUCAAUCACACAGGUGAGAAAGGGGGGUUUUACAAGAACUAUCACAGAGGUCAAGAAGAACAACGAAAUUAUUGAAACCUCAGAGGCUACCACAACAAAAUCCAUCGUGGUAAAUGAAGAUGGAAGCACUACAACAACAACUGAAACUAAUGAUGGGAAAACGGUCACCACACUGGUUGAAGUAACAAAAGGUGGCAUCACUAAAACCUCAAAAAUAGUCUCUGAAGAUGGCAAGCCUCUGAAAGACAAAAAAGAAGAGACUGAAAAAUACACUGUGACUGACAAAGAUGGCAGAUCAACAACCACUACCAAGAUCAAACAGGGAGACUCCACGAUAACUGUCAUUGAAGUCACCAAAGAUGCUAUCACUACAACUACAACAACAGUUGAAGAGAGUGGUAAGGAGGUUAAAACAUUCUACUUUACAAGUCAAGAAGAAACAGAAGCUGUUGAUGAAACUACAUCAGCCCUGACAAGAGGUGAUAAAAAAGAAACUACUGAGAUAUCCAAGCUGUUCAAUGAAGAUGGUACAGUUACCACAACAACAACAACAACUAUAGAUGGCAAAACCACCACCACUUCAGAAAUAGAAACUGGUGUUGUAACAGAAGACACCACCCCAAGCAUCACAAAGAGCACAAAGGUGAUCAAAGAGGAUGGCAGCAGCACAGAGACCACUGUGACUGAAAAAGGUGAAAGCAUGACCAUACAUCAAACACUUACAAAAGGAGAUGAAAAAAAAACAACGGUAAUCUGGAAAGAAGGAGGCAAACCAAUAGAAAUGACAGAAGAAAUAGUGGAAAAGAAACCUUCUGUCAACAGUGAUGGCACUAUCACUAAAACAAAGGUUGACAAGAAGGGGGACACCACUACUACUAUCACUGAAGUCACCAAAGGUGAUAUCAUCACCACAACUUCAGAAGUCACCAAAGGGAACGUAGUAGUGGAAAAGACUGUGGACACCACAGAGACAUCUUCUGUUGUUGAAAAAGAUGGUACAGCUAAAACAACUACUGUGACAAAACAAGGAGAUACAAUCACCACUGUGACCAACAUCAUAAAAGAUGGGCAAAAAUCUACAACAACUGCAAUCACUGACGGUGAACAGCCCAUAGAAGAAACUACAGAGUCCACUGUAGUCAAUGAAGAUGGUACCGCUACAAGAACCACUGUGAUCCAUAAAGGAGACACCAUUACAACAGUCACUGAUGUUACUAAAGGGGAAACGACUACUACCACUACAGCAGUCUCCAAAGGUGAUGAAACUACCAGCACAGUGAAAAGCAAGACUAAGCAUACUGAGUUAACUACUGAAGCAUUCAGACCUGUUACUGAAGGCAAUGUUUUAGAAACUGAACUUAUAACAGAAAGGGGUAACAAGGACGGCACAAUUACUAUAGAGAAAAUAACCACUAAAGGUGGCAAGACCACAUUUUUCAAGAAAACAAUAAGAGGACUACCUGGCCAAGAUGAAAGUGGUGAAGUCUAUAAGGAAACAAAGAAAACGAUUGUUCAACAAGAAGACGGGACUGUAGUAAUCACACUUGUAAUCCGUGAAAUGAGUACAACAACCACAGUCACAAAAGUCAGAAAGGGGGAUGUUACAAGAACAAUCACAGAGGUCAAGAGGAACAACAAAAUUGUGAAAACCUCAGAGGCAACCACAACAACAUCUGUCGUUGUAAAUGAAGAUGGGAGCACUACGACAACCACUGAAACUAAUGAUGGCAGUAAAGUCAUCACCCUAGUGGAAAUCACCAAAGGCGGUGUCACUAAAUCCACAAAAGAAGUCUCAAUAAAUGGCAAGGUUCAGAAAGAGGAAGAGUCAACAGAGAAAUCCACUGAAACUGAUGAAGAUGGCACAACAACAACGAAAACUGUGACCAAAAAGGGAGACCGCACAAUAACCGUCAUUGAAGUCACCAAAGGUAGCAUCACUACAACAACAACAUUAAUAAAGAGGGGUAGAAAUGUUGUGAAAACUCUUUUCUUCACAAGUGAAGAAGAAAUAGAAGUUGUGGAGGAACCUUCUCUCACCAUCACAGUAGGUGAAACCAAAGAGUCUGUUGGCAUAUCUCAGCAAGUCAACGAAGAUGGCACAGUUACCACAACAACAACAACAAAAAUAACUAAGGAGGGCAAGACCACUUUAACUGAGGAAAAAGAAACAGGUGUUGCAACAAAAGACAUUACCCCAAGCACCACAAAGAAAAUGAAAGUGAUUAAGAAUGAUGGGAGCACAAGAGAGACCACUGAGAUUACUACAGGGGAAACAGUUGAAACAGUUUAUAAGGUUUCAGAAGGAGGUGAAACAAAAACUACUGUAACAGUGCAGGAGGGAAAUAAAACAGUGGAGACCACAGAGGAAAUUGUGGAAAAAAAGCCUUUAGUUGACAAAGAUGGCGGUAUCACUAUUACAACAGUGGACAAAAAGGGAGACACAACGACUACCAUCACUGAAGUCACCAAAGGGAGCACCACCACCAAAACUACAGAGGUUACCAAAGAAAAUGAAGUAGUAGAAAAGACAACAGAUGUCAUAGAGACUUCUGCUGUUGUCGAGGAAGACGGUACCACUAAAGCAAUCACUGUGACAAAAGAGGGAGAUAUAGAGACCACGGUGACAGAAGUCUCCAAAGGUGAUUUAACGCAAAAGACAACUGAAAUCACUCAAGGUGGAAAACCUGUGGAAAAGACUGAAGAGUCAACUGAGAAAUCCACUGUCUUAGGUACAGAUGGCACCACCACAACAACCACAGUCAUAAAAAAAGGAGACGCCACAACAACAGUGACUGAUGUCACGAAGGGGGAAACCACUACUACCACUACAGCAGUCUCCAAAGGUGAGGAAAUUACCACCACAGUGAAAAGCAAGACCUCACACACUGAAGAGUCUAAACAAGCAUUUAUACCGAGCACUGAUGGCAAAGUUCUGGAAACUGUAGUUAUAAUGGAAACAAGCAAGAAUGAUGGAUCCAUAGAGGUUGAGGAAGUAAGGACUACUGAUGGCAAAACUAUUUUGACCAAGAAAAUACUCAGAGGACAGCCCAUCAAAGAGACUAGUGCUCAUGUGCACCGGGAGACUAAGAAAUCAACUGUUCUGCAACAAGAUGGAAGCAUUCUAAUUACUAUUGUAAUCCGUGAAAGGGAAACAAUCACCACAAUCCGAAAGGUUACCAAAGGGUACUUUACAACAACCAUCACAGAGAUCUGGAAAAACAAUGAAAUAGUGCAGACCACAGAGGAAACUACAAAGAAAUCCACAGUGGAGAAUGAAGAUGGAAGCACAACAACAACCACUGAAUCUAAUGAUGGGAAAACAGUCACUACACUAGUUGAAGUCACCAAAGGAGGAAUCAUUAAGACCACAAAAACAGUCUCAGAAGAUGGAAAGCCUCUCGAAGACAAAGAAGAAGAGACAGAGAAAUAUACGGUUACUGAAAAAGAUGGCAGAUCAGUAACAACCACCGUGAUCACAAAGGGAAACACAACAGAAACUAUCAUUGAUGUCACCAAAGAUGACAUCACUACAACUACAACAACAAUUAAAGAGGGGGAAAAUGAGGUGAAAACAUUCUACUUUACAAGUCAAGAAGAAACAAAAACUAUUGAUGAAACAUCCCCAGGCCUGACAAGAGGUGAGAUGAAAGAAACUACUGAGAUAUCAAAGCAGCUCAAUGACGAUGGUACAGUUACCACAACGACUACAACAACAAGUAUAGAUGGCAAGACCACUGUCACUUCAGAAACAGAAACAGGUGUUCUGAUAGAAGACACCACCCCGAGCACCACAAAGACAACAAAAGUGACCAAAGAGGACGGCAGCAGCACACAGACCACUGUAACUGAAAGGGAGGGGAAAAUCACAGUACAUCAAACGGUAACAGAAAAAGAUGAAAAAAGAACAACGGUAAUGGUGAAAGAAGGAGACAAACCAAUUGAAAUUAAAGAAGAAACUGUGGAAAAGAAGCCUUCAGCCAGCACAGAUGGGACUAUCACUAAAACAAAAGUGGAUAAAAAGGGAGACACCACUACUACUAUCACUGAAGUCACCACAGGGGAUAUCAUCACCACAACUUCAGAAGUCACCAAAGGGAACGUAGUAGUGGAAAAGACUGUGGACACCACAGAGACAUCUUCUGUUGUUGAAAAAGAUGGUACAGCUAAAACAACUACUGUGACAAAACAAGGAGAUACAAUCACCACUGUGACCAACAUCAUAAAAGAUGGGCAAAAAUCUACAACAACUGCAGUCACUAAAGGUGAACAGCCCAUAGAAGAUACUGAAGAGUCCACUGUAGUCAAUGAAGAUGGUACCGCUACAAGAACCACUGUGAUCCAUAAAGGAGACACCAUUACAACAGUCACUGAUGUUACUAAAGGGGAAACGACUACUACCACUACAGCAGUCUCCAAAGGUGAUGAAACUACCAGCACAGUGAAAAGCAAGACUAAGCAUACUGAGUUGACUACUGAAGCAUUCAGACCUGUUCCUGAAGGCAAUGUUUUAGAAACGGAACUUACAACAGAAAGGGGUAACAAGGACGGCACAAUUACUAUAGAGAAAAUAACCACUAAAGGUGGCAAGACCACAUUUUUCAAGAAAACAAUAAGAGGACUACCUGGCCAAGAUGAAAGUGGUGAGGUCUAUAAGGAAACAAAGAAAACGAUUGUUCAACAAGAAGACGGGACUGUAGUAAUCACACUUGUAAUCCGUGAAAUGAGUACAACAACCACAAUCACAAAAGUCAGAAAGGGGGAUGUUACAAGAACAAUCACAGAGGUCAAGAAGAACAACAAAAUUGUGAAAACCUCAGAGGCAACCACAACAACAUAUGUUGUGGUAAAUGAAGAUGGGAGCACUACGACAACCACUGAAACUAUUGAUGGCAAUAAAGUCAUCACCCUAGUGGAAAUCACCAAAGGCGGUGUCACUAAAUCCACAAAAGAAGUCUCAAUAAAUGGCGAGGUUCAGAAAGAGGAAGAGUCAACAGAGAAAUCCACUGAAACUGAUGAAAAUGGCACAACAACAAAAACUGUGACCAAAAAGGGAGACCGCACAAUAACCGUCACUGAAGUCACCAAAGGUAGCAUCACUACAACAACAACAUUAAUAAAGAGGGGUAGAAAUGUUGUGAAAACUCUUUUCUUCACAAGUGAAGAAGAAAUGGAAGUUGUGGAGGAACCUUCUCUAACCAUCACAGUAGGUGAAACCAAAGAGUCUGUUGGCAUAUCUCAGCAAGUCAACGAAGAUGGCACAGUUACCACAACAACAACAACAAAAAUAACUAAGGAGGGCAAGACCACUUUAACUGAGGAAAAAGAAACAGGUGUUGCAACAAAAGACAUCACCCCGAGCACCACAAAGAAAAUGAAAGUCAUUAAGAAUGAUGGUAGCACAACAGAGACCACUGAGAUUACUACAGGGGAAACAGUUGAAACAGUUUAUAAGGUUUCAGAAGGAGGUGAAACAAAAACUACUGUAACAGUGCAGGAGGGAAAUAAACCAGUGGAAACCACAGAGGAAAUAGUGGAAAAAAAGCCUUUAGUUGACAAAGAUGGCGGUAUCACUAUUACAACAGUGGACAAAAAGGGAGACACAACGACUACCAUCACUGAAGUCACCAAAGGGAGCACCACCACCAAAACUACAGAGGUUACCAAAGAAAAUGAAGUAGUAGAAAAGACAACAGAUGUCAUAGAGACUUCUGCUGUUGUCGAGGAAGACGGUACCACUAAAACAAUCACUGUGACAAAAGAGGGAGAUAUAGAGACCACGGUGACAGAAGUCUCCAAAGGUGAUUUAACGCAAAAGACAACUGAAAUCACUGAAGGUGGCAAGCCAUUAGAAAAGACUGAAGAGUCAACUGAGAAAUCCACUGUCUUAGGUACAGAUGGCACCACCACAACAACCACAGUCAUAAAAAAAGGAAAUGCCACUACAACAGUGACUGAUGUCACAAAGGGGGAAACCACUACUACCAAUACAGAAGUCUCCAGAGGUGGGGAAAUUACCACCACAGUGAAAAGCACAACUUCACACACUGAAGAGACUGAAAAAGCAUUCAAGCCUGGUACUGAAGGCGGAACUUUGGAGACUGUAUUAACAAUUGAAAGAGGCAAAAAUGACGGAACCAUAGAGGUUGAGGAAAUAACAACCAGGGAUGGAAAAACUAUUGUGUCCAAGAAAAUACUUAGAGGACAGCCCAUCAAAGAGACUAGUGCUCAUGUGCAUCGGGAGACUAAGAAAUCAACUGUUCUGCAACAAGAUGGAAGCAUUCUAAUUACUAUUGUAAUCCGUGAAAGGGAAACAAUCACCACAAUCCGAAAGGUUACCAAAGGGUACUUUACAACAACCAUCACAGAGAUCUGGAAAAACAAUGAAAUUGUGCAGGCUACAGAGGAAACUACAAAGAAAUCCACAGUGGAGAAUGAAGAUGGAAGCACUUCAACAACCACUGAAACGAACGAUGGGAAAACUGUCACCACACUGAUUGAAGUCACCAAAGGCGGUGUCACUAAAAGCUCAAAGACAGUUUCAGAAGAUGGAAAGCCUCUGAAAGACAAAGAAGAAGGGACCGAAAAAUACACUGUGACUGACAAAGAUGGCAGAUUAAUAACAACCUCUGUCGUCAAAAAGGGAGACACCGAAAUAACUGUCAUUGAAGUCACCGAAGGUGACAUCACUACAACUACAACUACAGUAAAGGAGGGGGGAAAGGAGGUGAAAAAAUUCUACUUUACAAGUCAAGAUGUCACAGAAGCUGUUGAUGAAACAUCCUCAGGCAUGACAAGAGGUGAGACUAAAGAAACUAUUGAGAUAUCAAAGCAGUUGAGUGAAGACGGUACAGUUAUCACCACGACAACGACAACUAUGGAUGGCAGGAUCACUGUCACUUCAGAAAAAGAAACUGGUGUUAUCACAGAUGACACCACUCCAAGCACCACCAAGACAACCAAAGUGACCAAAGCAGAUGGCAGCAUCACAGAGACAACUGUGGCUGAAAAAGGGGAACAAAUGACCAUACAUCAAAUAGUUACGGACAGAGAAGAAAAAAGGACAACGGUAAUGGUGAAAGACGGAGAUAAACCAAUGGAAACAACAGAGGAAAUAGUGGAAAAGAAGCCUUCAGUCAACAAUGAUGGUAUUGUCACUAAAACAAUCGUGGAUAAGAAGGGAGACACCAUUACUACUACCAGUGAAAUCACAAGUGGUGACAUCACUACCAAAACAACAGAAGUCUCCAAAGGAAACAGAGUAGUGGGAAAGACAGAGGACACCAGAGAGACAUAUUCUGUCGUCGAAAAAGAUGGUACAGCUAAAACAACCACUGUGUCACACCAAGGAGAUAUAGCCAUCACUGUGACAAAAGUAAUAAAAGAUGGUAAAAUGUUUUCAACAAGUGAAGUCAUUAAAGGUGGACAGCCCAUAGAAGAAACUACAGAGUCCACUGUGGUUGACAAAGAUGGUAUCGCCACAACGUCCAUUGAAAUCCAGAAAGGAGACACUACUACAAGAGUCACAGACGUUAAGAAAGGAGAUACCACGACUACCACUAGAACAGUCACCGAAGGUGGAAAAAGUACCACCACAGUGGCAAGCAAGACCUUGCACAUUGAACUUGUUGGCAUAAAACCUCAACCUAUAACUGAAGAGUGCCAUUGUGACACAGUACCCCAUUGUCAGGAUGAUGAGGAGAUCAUCACUGUGACUGUGAAGGGAAAAUGUUGUCCAAGGCUCCAAUGUGAGAAGAAAAAGAGCAUUUGUGGGUUGGUGAGCCAUGAAACCAUUGUAAAGAGAAAGUCCUGCCAGAGCAAGGUCAAACUGCCAGGAUGUGGGGGCCUGUGUGCCUCUUCCUAUCACUACUCAAAUGAUGGAGAAUGGAAGAGUGCUUGCGGGUGCUGCAAGCCAACUGAAUUCCACUCACAGUCUGUUGUCCUCCGCUGUGAUGAUGGGACUGAGGUCACUGAAGAAAUCUCUGUCCCAGCUGCCUGCAGCUGUGCAGCCUGCAAAUAAGUCUUCAUACACACAAACACACACACACACACACACACACACACACACAUACACACAUCUGCCAACAAGUUGACGUACACUACAGCUCAUAAAUGACAGUCAUACACACACUUAAAUGCUCCUGUACACACAAUGAUUAAUUACAUGAGUAUUGACAUACAAAGACAUUCUAAAUCUAAUUGUUUUGCCUUACAUGAAGGUCUGCACAUCAGGCACAUAGCCCUAACACUGGACCCACAGUAGCAAAGGCAUGAGUUUACACAUUAACUACACACUUUUUAAUUUCUAGGUUAGUAUCACUUAUGGAAGGGGAAAUAAAUGUACUGACAAUAGUUCAAUUUAUCUUGGUUUUUAUAUUGGGGUUAAUGCAUGCAUGCAGGGCUAAAUUAAACUGCUUGCCAAUAAUAUAACUGCUCUAUGGACAUUUGCUAGCAAUUUUAAACUUGCUUCAAACUAAUAUCUGCAACUAAAUAUAUCUGACUUUCACUGUUCUCUGUGUUUUAUAUGAUUGGUGAAGAUUCAAAGAUACUGAAUAAAUUACUUUAACUCAUGUUCCCAUAACAA